AUGAGCCGACCACCUAUUUUUGAGUCUUCUUCUGGAUCUGUUACGCGGGGGGGAGAGGAAGAGGAACAUGAGUUCUUAUGUGCUGAACAAACUGCGAAGGUAUCUACGCCCCAUUCCGAGGGGAACGAACUGUUGAAUGAGGCCCGAGUAGCUACUCGAACGGCUUCCUUUGGAGCAGUCGGGAUAGCUACCCCAUCAUGCCCUGAAGGUAACAGUGGAAGAUCCCCCAAGAGGAGCGACAACUUUGGCUGGCCCCAUGGUCCGCAGCUUCCUGCAGCAUGGGGACAUGGAGAGUUCCAGGCUCUGGUGGCGGGCAUGAAGUCGGAACACGAAGCACCUGAAAUAGAGCGACAGAAAACCAGCAAGGAAGCUGGUCAAACAGCCCCGUGUCCAAGUGGUCAACCAGCGUUGGACACAACACUAAGCCUAGAAACCAAGCGCUCCUCAGAGGCCUUAGGGAAAAUGCCAGGACAAAAAUAUGCCCCAACUAGCUCCAAGGAAAGCCCGCGUGCAGUUGCUAGCUAUCCCUGGACCCAUGAAGACACCGGAGAGAAACCGGAGUUUUUGGCGAGUCGGGGCACAUUUGCACAAGCCAUACCCCAAGGUGGCUAUCUCCUCGACACGUUUCUCUCAGGAAGCCAUCCAAGCCAGAAUGAGUCCCUCCCCGUUGAAGCUAACAACGGAGAUGAACCACAAGAAAUCCAGGAAUGCCCCUAUUGCCACCGCACCUUUGCAAGCAAGUCAUUCGAUAAGCAUGUCAAGGUUUGCGUGAAGGUCUUCUUCACACGUCGCAAGCAGUACGACAUGACCAGGAAGCGACUGGCAAGCGUCGUGGAGGAAGCUGGACUUCCUGUUCACUCAACUGUGCAGAAAUUGAGAGGCGAACUCUCAUCGAAGCCGUAG